ACGGUUAAGAUCAAGCUACCUAAACAAAUCCAACGGCAAAUAUCACGUCUCUUUCCCGUGGUCGUCAGUUUUCCGUUGGUGAAGCUUUUGAAACGCUGACGUUUACUGAUACCAGAAGGUUGCCGCCGAAUACCGUUAACGCCUGAAAACACACCCCUUCCCCAUUUUUCAGGCGGCACUCUCUAUCUUCCUCGCAUCAUUUUAGUUGCUUCAUACCAAAAAAAGGAAAAAUGAUAAUCAGAACCAAAACCCUAACGUUUUCUUCUUUGUUUCAUCUUCAAAACCCUAAUCUCAAACAACCCUCCGAAUGUUCAAUCCGUUUCAGCAGAAAGCCACGACCUCUUUUAAGCAUUAACGGCUAUUUAUUCCCUUCAAAGUUACUCGUUUACAACCAAGAGAAGCAUCGGAAUCGGUUUGUCAAUGAUUGCAUUAGCUCUUGUGAAGAAUUUGUUGUCAGUGACAAUGGUGGAAACGAUUCUGUUGUUGAACCGAAGGAGCAGGAGGAAGAGAGAGGGAUGGAGAUAAAGAGCGAGGACUUGGCUGAUCAGAGUAUAUGGAAUCAGAUGAAGGAGAUAGUUAUGUUUACAGCACCUGCCACGGGGUUGUGGAUUUGCGGGCCGUUGAUGAGUCUCAUUGACACUGCGGUUAUUGGUCAAGGAAGCUCACUUGAGCUUGCUGCUUUAGGCCCAGCAACGGUUGUUUGUGACUAUACGGGUUAUGUAUUCAUGUUCCUUUCCGUAGCCACAUCGAAUUUGGUAGCCACUUCUCUUGCCAGACGGGAUAAAAAUGAAGUGCAGCACCAAAUAUCAAUCUUGCUUUUUGUUGGCUUGGUUUGUGGAUUAUCAAUGCUUUUGGCUACGAGAUUGUUUGGGCUCUGGGCAUUGACUGCUUUUACUGGACCAAAAAAUGUAGAUCUUGUACCUGCAGCAAACGAAUAUAUUCAGAUUCGAGGCUUAGCAUGGCCAGCUGUUCUUGUUGGAUUCAUUGCUCAAAGUGCAAGUCUUGGCAUGAAAGAUUCCUGGGGACCUCUGAAGGCUUUGGCAGUUGCCACAGCAAUAAAUGGCAUUGGUGAUGUAGUCUUAUGUAGAUUUUUAGGAUUUGGUAUUGCUGGUGCAGCAUGGGCAACAAUGGUAUCUCAAGUUGUUGCAGCUUAUAUGAUGAUCCAAUCUCUAAACAAGAAGGGAUAUAAUGCAUAUUCCAUUUCUGUUCCAUCUGCUAAUGAACUUUUGACAAUACUUGGGCUUGCUGCUCCAGUCUUUGUAACUAUGAUGUCAAAGGUAGCUUUCUACGGUCUUCUUAUAUACUUUGCUACAUCGAUGGGCACACACGUUGUGGCUGCUCACCAGGUUAUGCUUCAAACAUAUGGCAUGUGCACAGUCUGGGGAGAGCCCCUCUCUCAAACUGCACAAUCAUUUAUGCCUGAGUUGAUGUACGGAGUUGGUCAAAAUUUGGCAAAGGCCAGGAUGCUCCUAAAGUCACUUGUGGUCAUUGGAGCUACACUUGGACUGAUAUUAGGAACUAUCGGAACAGCUGUUCCUUGGUUGUUCCCUGGUAUUUUCACGUCUGAUUUGAAUGUAGUACAGGAGAUGCACAAGGUGUUAAUACCAUAUUUUCUUGCUUUAGCAGUGACACCCAGUACUCAUAGCCUUGAGGGCACACUGCUGGCUGGACGAGAUCUUAAAUUUUUCAGCUUGUCUAUGAGCGGAUGCUUUGCCUUGUGUGGUCUUCUAGUAAUGUUUUUGAGCAGUGGAGGAUUUGGCUUGUCUGGUUGCUGGUAUUCGCUCGUAGGAUUUCAAUGGGCUCGUUUUUUCCUUGCCCUCCAACGCCUUCUUUCCCCCAAGGGCAUUCUUUACUCCGAAGGUAGGAGCCAUCUCAAAGUGGAGAAGUUAAAAGCUACGUAAUUCAGAGGCCAAGACAAAUAUCAAAAAGCAACAACAAAGCCUCAAUCAGCCUGCAGUUAAGUUGAAUCCACCGUGUAAAUCAGCAUAUGAAUAUUUAUUUGCUAGCGACAAGCUAUGUCAUGCCCAAUUAUUCUUCUUUGAUGCUCAGCCCCAUAAAAAGAGUUAGGCAGGCAAGCCUUCCAUCUUUGGGAUAUUUACGCACUGAAAAUUGAAUUUCCAACAUCGAUUGCUGCAACUGUUCUACUAUAUAUAUAUAUUAAAGAAUGAAAAAGAAAGAGAGGGGUUAGGAGUAAAGUAAAGCUUCUUUCUUCCUUCAUGGAUUUCUUCUAUUCAAGGUGUAAUCUUGAUCUUGAGUGGAACAGUAA